AGGGCGGGGGGGGGGGGGGGAGGGGAGGAGCCCAGCUACCACCCCGUGGCGCGGGCCGGGUUUGGUCCCCUGCCCACCGCCGCGGGGCGCGGCAAGGGCCAGGCCUGCGCUCGGGGAUCGUUUGCUCUGGCCUGGCAGCGGCAGGCGGGGCCGGGCGCGAGGCGGAUGGAGCCGCAGCAGCAGCAGCCGCCGCAGGAGGAGGCGGCGGGGUCCCUGCGCCGCGCGCCGGAGGGAGCGCCCCCGGCCGGGAUUUCCCUGCACGAUUUCUGCGGGCGCGCGGGGGAGCAGCUCGUGCACUUCCACGCCAUGCGGCUGCGGGACUCGCUCUUCCUCUGGGUGGGGGCGGAGCCCGCGCUCCGCAGCCUGGCUGUGGCCAUGUGCAGCCCCCACGACUCCAUUCCAGUGUCUACAUCACUCCUGGGAGAUGCCUCUGACACCAUCUCAAAUUCUCUAGCCCAGCGACUAGCCAGUAAGACUAAAAAACAGAUCUUCGUCAGCUACAAUCUUCAGAAUACAGACAGCAGUUUCACAUUACACAUAGAGAACAGAAUCAAGGAAGAAAUGAUGGCUUUUCCAGAGAAGUUCUAACUUUGCAUCAUUGUAAGCUAAUUUGUUACUUUUUUUAAAAAGAAAAACUGACUGGGUUUCCAUAUUGACAGACACUGAGUUAAUAUUUUGGAAGUGUUUGUUAGUGUUUGUUUUACAAAAUUGUUUGGGCCAAACUUGAGUAGAACUUAAAAAAUGUAUUUCUUCCAAACUUUUUGAGUUCCUCUGCUUUGUUAGAGAUUGUCUGAUGGUAGAGAAAGGGGAUUGAGGGAGGAAUGUUUUGAGUUAAGCAAGAUAUUGUAAACUUGUGUAUGCAUGGAGCUUGACCUACCAAGAAAUUGUAAUCAGUCAGGGAAUGUUCUCUCUAUUUUAGUUGCACAUGUAAUAUACUAUGUAUCAUAAUUAGAGCAAGAGAAAACAAAUCUCUUCUAGUGCUUAUGUGAAAGCCUGGCAUGCUGUUGUGAAAAAUCAGCAAAUUAAAUAAAAGGAAGUCACAUUGACAUGACUUUCAUUUGCAGUAUGGUGGGAGAAUGACAGAAAUGUGUUCUUUCCAAAGGGAAAGGAAUUUUCCACUGAAAAGGAAAUAAAUUGUUGAUCCUAAA